AUGGGUUAUUACAAAGUCUUUGGGCUGCCAAAAAGUGCCUCGCAGGAUGAUGUUAAGAAAUCCUACCACAAACUGGCACUAAAAUGGCAUCCUGAUAAGAAUCCCAGCAACAAGGAAGAAGCUGAAAAGAAAUUCAAAGCAAUCACUGAAGCAUACAAGGUUUUGUCUGACCCUCAGAAGCGAUCGCUUUAUGACAGGUCUGUUAAGGAGAGCAGACCACACAGAGGAAGAAAUGCUAUGAGGGGUCAUGACAGAUCCUUUGAUUCCCCUUACGUAUUCCAUGACCUCGAAGAGAUUUUUAUGGAGGUCUUUGGAGGGGUGUAUCCCUUUCUAUGUGCUUUCUGGGACCCCUUUGACAACAUCAGAAACAGUAGCAAAAACUGGCACAGAACAAUUGGAAGAGGAAGAAAUUCUAGCCUGUUUUCUGAUUAUAUGGAGUUAUUUAUGCCAUGGAACUUAGUCCGUGGUCCCAGUAAGCUGCCCACUUACUUCUUUUCUGAGGAUGCAGCUGGGUCACACAGCGUUAGAUCAGUGUUAACCACUACUCGAGUGAUCAACAGCAAGAAGAUAACCACCCGGAAAAUCGUCAAGAAUGGGCAGGAGAGAACAGGAGCGGAAAAAGACGGCCAGCUGAAGUCUGUGACGAUAAAUGAGAAGGACCACCUGAAAUUAUAA